UAUCGUUCCUCAUCCAUAUGACACAAAUCCCGGCGAGGUCCAGUUGUCAGAUCCCGGCGACCACGUCCCCGGAAAUGGAUCCCGGGAUCUGGAGCAGGUUACCUGAAGAGCUCCUGGAGCGCAUUUUAGCUCUCCUCCCUAUGAAAACCUUCCUUAACCUGCGCACCACAUGCAAGCACUUCAAAUUCCUCCUCUUCUCUCCAUCUUUCCUCUCUCAAACCAAGACUCCUCCCCUUUCCAGCUUUAUCCUUCUCUCCCACCCGCAAUUCCACAACCUCUUCCCCCUCCACGACGCCUUCUUCAACCGCUGGCGCAUGUUAUCCCUCUCCCCCACUCUCCCGCCAAAGUGCGCCUCCUUGCGCCUCGUCUCCGCUUCCAACGGUCGGCUCUGCUUCUCUCUCCCCAAUUCCUUCCUCAUUUGCAAUCUCCUCACGAAAUCCACCAAGACCAUCGAAUUCCCAAGAUACCCUUUCACAUCGACGACUCUGAUCUCCGCAUCUCCAUCGUCGCCGCGGUCUUCUCCUUCGCUGCAUGGAUACAAGAUCUUCAGUCUCUGUUAUUCGCCGUUGGAGUAUUGGGCCUUCGUCUACGAUUCCCGGACCGAGAAAUGGACCAGAUCAGAGAGCUUCGAUCCAAUCCUAAGCCAGAAUUCCCACCAAGAUGCGGUUUUCUUUAAUGGGUCUCUGCAUUUUACGACUCGGGAGCCGUUUUCGAUCGUGGGUUUUGAAUUGGACACUGGCCGGUGGUGGAAAUCGACGGUGGAACUACCCCAGGAGCUCGUAUUCGUCCGUUUGGUCAGCGACAGCAAUGCAAACAAUGGGAAUUUGUACUUGGUGGGCGGGACUGGGCGGGACGGGAUUUCGGAGAAUCUGAAGGUGUGGGAGCUGAGAGAAGGGGAGACGAAGGUGGCGGAAAUCGCGAGCUUGCCGGAAUUGAUGUGGCGGAAAUUCGGCUCGGUUUGCUACCAUAACUACGAGCAUGUGUACUGCUUGUGGCACGACGGAAUGGUCUGUGUGUGCUGUUAUACAUGGCCUGAGAUAUUGGUGUAUAAGGUGGGGAGGAAGACAUGGCAUUCGCUGUCGAAAUGCCCGUUCUUGCCAGAGAAAUGGAGCUGUGGAUUCAGAUGGUUUUCUUUCUCUCCGGAUUUCUAUGCUUCAGUUUGAAGAUUUGGGUUUUUUUUUUUGGGUGGAGGGGUUUUAGUUUCAGAACGUUAUAUGUUUUUCAUCCGUUUGUGUUUGCUCGAGGAUUGCUGUUUGAAUUCUCAUGGUUUUUA